AUAAUAAAACAACAAAUAAUAUUCAUAUACUCAAAAAUUAUCAGUAAACAAUGGCGCAUUUCAAAAACGCUCUCAUCGCUGUGGCUUUGUGCAUCCUAGCCAGUGCUCUAGCAGCGAACGCCAUAUCUGAGGAAACACAAAACGUGGUUAUCACGACAAAUGAAGAAAUUCUUGCACAAAAUGAUUCUGGAAAACAAUUUGAUGUUCAAACACUAUGCUUUGCCAAGCCUUUACACAACUGCUUGGACUGUCGAACAAGGCUAUUCUGUUGGGAACACGGUGGAGUCAGAGUAAGGUGUUAUAAUCCUUUCGCACCGUACUGUGUUAAUGGAAGGUGCUCACAUAUACCUGACAGAGGAUGUCCUAAAGUGUAAUAAAUUUAAGUUUUUGAUAAAAUUUAUAUUUCAAAAU